AAGCCUGGUCGGUUUCACAAACGCAGCCGCCAGGUCUCCGUCUGACUUGGCUGAUUGUGAAGCGGGAACCCAGCCUUGCUUGCAUAAAUCACCCGGCUAUAACCCGGGAGACCCAGAAAGAAGCGCGAACCAGCGGUUAAGAGCUUGAGUGCCGCCCCCCUCCCUUCUUCCUCUCGCCUUCCUCCGGAAUGGAAACGGCAUCGCCCUUUUAAGAGGCCAGGCGACGGAGACAGGGAGGGGGAGGAGGCCCCUUUCUUGGAACAGCCACGAAAAGGCGAGGAGGGGAGGGGAGAUCGCGGGGAGGGGAGGGUCCGCCGGAGCCGUCUUCACUCUUCGGAGGCAGCCCGGAGCCAUCGGCGCGGCGCCCAGCCUCCUUCCAGUCGGGGUGGCGUCCGCAGGCUCCUCGCUCAGUCUCGCUCGGGGGGCGCUCGACGGCGGCGCGAUGGGGCUCCAGCGCUGCUGCGGGCGGCGGCCCCGAUCCCCAGACCGCUUCCUCCUCUUCCUCCAGCUCCUCUAACGGCAGGUGCCGCGCCGGGGGCUUUUUCCCCCCCGAGCCAUGUACGCCAAGGGCAAGGGCUCCAGCGUGCCCUCCGACGGACAAGCGCGCGAGAAGUUGGCACUGUAUGUGUACGAAUAUCUCCUUCAUGUUGGGGCUCAGAAAUCUGCACAGACCUUCCUCUCAGAGAUCCGGUGGGAAAAGAACAUUACCCUGGGAGAACCACCUGGCUUCCUUCACUCCUGGUGGUGUGUGUUUUGGGACCUGUACUGUGCAGCACCUGAUCGGCGAGAGACCUGCGAACAUUCAAGUGAGGCCAAAGCUUUCCACGAUUAUAGCUCCGCAGCUACAACCAGUCCUGUGAUGGCCAACCUGCCGCCCAGUGAUGCCAUCCCCAGCGGCCCUAUGUUGUCGGGCUUUUUUCAGGGACCACCUGGCUCCCAGCCAUCCCUACAUGCUCAAGCUCCCAUGCACAAUCCCAAUGCGGCAAUGAUGGGACCCCAUAAUCAGCCAUUCAUGCCUUCGCGCUUCCCAGGUGGGCUCCGUCCUUCCGUUCGAAUGCCAAGCCAGCCAUCUAUGGGUGUGUCUGGCCAACCUCUGAUGCCCAGUGCAAUGGAUCCGGCCAUCCGAUCACAAGGGCAUCCUAACCUGGGCCCGAUGCAGCGCAUGACCCCACCACGUGGUAUGACAGGAAUGGCUCCACAGAAUUAUGGUGGUGGCAUAAGACCUCCUCCAGGGUCCCUGGUUUGCCCUGGUAUGCCCACAAUGAACAUAGCUCCGGGUGUUCGAGGAUCCUGGCCAAAUAUAAACACAAACUCGGUAUCCUAUUCCUCAUCCUCUCCUGGGAGCUAUGGGGGAGGCGGAGGCCCCCCUGGCACCCCUCUCAUGCCAAGCCCUGGAGACUCCACCAACUCUAGUGAAAAUAUGUACAUGAUGAACUCUGUUGGCCCUCCACCAAGCCGCCCUGGGUUCUCCAUGGGGCCAAGUCCAGAAGGUCCAAUGACUGGAAUGAGUGCCAUGGAGCCCCAUCAUAUGAAUGGAUCGUUAGGUCCAGGUGAAAUAGAUGGGAUGCCCAAGAAUUCCCCGGGUAGCAUGGCCAGCAUAGCUAACCCACCGGGCACCCCACGUGACGACAGCAGCAGUGAGAUGGGCAGCAGCUUCAUAAACCCCUUCCAAAGCGAGAGCUAUUCGCCCAGCAUGACUAUGAGCGUGUGACCCGGCCCGGAUGCCCAGUCCCAGAGGAGCCAGACUGAUGCCCCCCCCAGGGGUCUUAAUCCCCCUGUAUUUAAUAACAGCUUCCCUUGAUUGCUAGUCUCAGCCCCCCUGCCCCCAGUCUGGACUUUUGAUCCCCGCCCAGGUCACCACCUGCCCUCUUACUGGUACUCAAUAAACUGUAGUGACGUGAGAAUUGUCACUAAUCACGUGGGACAGCCGAAGGUUUGAUAUGCUGCACAAGUGGACAGUUGUGAAAAGCAGGGAGAUGCACCCUCUCCUGCUGGACUGCAGCAUCCCUUAGCCCGAGGGGUUUGUGAUGAUCCAUUGGACAUUGGGACUAUCGUCUACUGUGCGUCUUGGGACUUUUAAAAUUCUGCAUUGUAGCAGGAACGGUUGAGCUGUUUUGGAAAGCUUCAUUUUGGUCUCUGUUCUUUAAAACCUGGUGGUAACAGUUGGUGGGGGAGGGGGAAAGCAUGUGCAUCAGGAAACAUGGAUAAGACUCUUCCAGAGUUUUGAAGUUCAGCAGGAGGGCUGGAGGAAGACACAAAUCCCCUUUUGGUGAGCUUGGGAGGUGAAUGGAAAAGACGUGGUGGUGGGUGAAAAUUGGCUGCCACGAGCUGGUUGAAUUAAUUUUGGAGGUGUGUGGACUUGACUGGCAAUGCAAAAGUUUUUGAGGAAUGGGCAGACUCGCUUCUCUCAUGUCUGCAGCCAGCUUUGGUUUCCUGCCUAGGUUCACUGGGCUAGAAAAAAAUAUAUAGCAAAAUUGUUUCCUAAUUGCACAGACUUCCAUGGAAGUAUUCUCGAUUCUGCCCAUAUCGGUUGGCAGAGACUGUGUGAUACCAGAUGCUAUGGGGAGGUGGGGUGGGUGGGGAAGAUACCCUAAUAUUGAACUCAAGGUGAAUUUGAGCUUGGUUCCUGAUGAACUUCACAGAAAUUUCCAUGUUGUUUUCUUGGCAAUAGCAUGGAGGUAUUUUGCCAUUGCAUUCUUCUGGGAUGUAUUUUCAGCUUCCUACAGCCUUGGGAUUUCCUAAUGGUCUCCCAUUCUGGUAUUAACCAGACUAAAAUCUGCACAGCUUCCAAGCCUAGACAAGGUCUACUAGUUGCUAUGCAAAGACACAAAUUACGAUAGCAGUUAGUGUUUUUCCCUGCAUCAUGUUUUUAGCCUUUUUCAUUUUUCUCUUUCAACUAGGGUGUUUUGAACACCUCUGGCAUGCCUUUUCUGUCACCUCUGCCAGCAGUAACUGAAAAAGAAACUUAGCUGUAAGAUAACUUUAUGGCAGAAGUACACAUUAGAGCAGAGGUCUUCAAACUUGGCAGCUUUAAGACUUGUGGACUUCAACUUCUAGAAUUCUGGGAGUUGAAGUCCACAAGUCUUAAAGCUGCCAAGUUUGAAGACCUCUGCAUUAGAGAUUUCCCGUUCUGUCUUCCAUCCCUUUCAGCUAAGAAGGUAAAGGGGAAACACUGUGAAUGGCUUGUAAAAAAAAGGCUACACCUCCAUCUCUUCCCAAUACUAACAAUAUAAAAAUACACCUUUGACUGUCUCUUCAAACGUCAGUCCUCCGUCUGUCAGCUUUCAGAUACUUC